AUGAAACCACUAACAGCAUUUUUAUUGUCGGCAUUAAUUAUUGGUUCUUUAGAAGCUAAACCUAAUAUUAAAAAUUUUUUUAGGAAGCCCAUUUUUAAAGAUUUUUAUGGUACAGUUGAUGCAAAUAUAAAAGUUGGAGAUGCUGGAAAGCCCCUAAUUCUUACCGACCUAAUCCAACAAAAUCUAAUUGAUGAAGCUCAGGCAGCAGCUGAAGUAAAUUUGGAUGCCUUUUUGGGAGUUAAAAGUUACGCUGGAUAUUUCAGAGUUGAUGACAUAUACGACUCAAACUUGUUUUUCUGGUUUUUCCCAUCGCAAUCAAACUUUGAGAAGGAUCCAGUAAUGUUGUGGUUGCAAGGAGGACCGGGAGCACCAUCUGAGUUUGGUUUAUUUGAUGAGACAGGUCCAUUUUAUAUUAAAGACGACCAAUUGGUUUUAAGAAACACUUCCUGGACUACAUCAAGCUCCGUUUUGUACAUUGACCAACCUGCUGGUACAGGAUUUAGUUUUACUAAUGGCGGAUAUGCCAAAAACCAAACUAAAGUAGGAGAUGAUAUGUAUGAAGCAAUCUACCAAUUCUUUCAACUGUUUCCCCUUUUGCAAUCUAACGAAUUUUUUAUCGCUGGAGAAUCGUAUGCCGGUAAAUAUAUCCCUGCUGUGGCUUACUCAAUACUAAAGAAAAAUCCAUCGGAUGAAAUAAAAAUUAACUUGAAAGGAUUGGCUAUUGGAAAUGGUUUUACGGAUCCCAAGUAUCAGUUGAGAUAUGCUGAUUACUUACAUCAACAUGACUGGGAACGAGCUAGUAAUCUAAUGAAUAAGGAUUUUGAAACAAUAGAUGCAGCGACUGGUCUUGCAAGUCUUUACAAUUAUCUUGAAAAUCCAAGUGAUGAGAGCGAUGAUGGAAUGGGUGACUUUUUAGCAAGAGAAGAUGUUAGGAGGGCUAUACACGUUGGUAAUACUCCUUACAACACUGACGGCAAUGUUUAUGCUAAUCUUCAAUUUGAUAUUCCGAAAUCGGUAGCUCCAUUAGUUGCUGAACUUCUGGAACACUAUAGAAUUCUUAUUUACAAUGGACAGAUAGAUAUUAUGGUAGCCUAUCCUAUGACUAUUGACUAUUUGCAAAAUCUUGACUUUGUUAGUGCUGCAGAGUACAAGAAAGCUGACAGACGUAUUUGGACUUACGGAGGAGAUGUUGCUGGAUACAUAAAAAGCGCUGGUAACUUAACGGAAGUUUUGGUUAGAAACGCUGGACACAUGGUACCCACUGAUCAACCUGAGUGGGCUUUGGAUCUAAUAAAUAAAUUUAGAAGAAAUAAUUUGUAA